AUGCCAUACACACAGACACAGAACACAAUGAGCCCCCUCGCCGUGGUCGUGACAUCCCUCGCCGUCGUGCUGCUGGCGCGGUGCGCAGCGGCGUAUCCGUGGCAGGUGUGCGGCACGGCAGCCAACUUCACGGCCAACAGCACGUACCAGGCCAACCUCGGCCUCCUCGCCGCGGCGCUGCCCAGGAACAUCUCCUCCUCCCCGGACCUCUUCGCCACCGCUGUGGUCGGCGCCGCCCCGGACCAGGUCUCGGCGCUCGCGCUCUGCCGGGGCGACGCCAACGCCACGGCCUGCUCCGGCUGCCUCGCCAUGGCCUUCCAGGACGUGCAGAACCAGUGCGCCUACGACAAGGACGCCGCCAUCUACUACGACCCCUGCGCCCUCUACUACUCCUCCAACGCCACCUCCCUCUCCUCCUUGGACAACGUCGGGAGGACGAACCGCAUCAACAACCAGAACGUCACGUCCGACCCCGGGCGGUUCAACCGCCAGGUGGCCGCGCUCGUGAACGCCACCGCCGACCACGCGGCGUACAACUCCACGCGCCGGUACGCGUCCGGGGAGGCCGACCUCGGCGGCCAGUUCCCCAGGGUGUACAGCUGGGCGCAGUGCACGCCGGACCUCACGCCGGCGCGGUGCCGUGGUUGCCUCGCCGGACUCAUUGCCGGAAUGCCGAGGCGGUUCACCGACCGCGUCGGAGGGAGAUCUCUUGGGGUCAGGUGCAGCUACCGGUACGAGACGUACUCCUUCCUCGACGGCCCGGUGAUGGUCAGGCUGGCCGCGCCGCCGAGCUCGGCCGCGCCUGCGCCUGCAGUUGGGCCCACGGUUCCGACUCCAGGGGCGGUCGCCGGAGAAAGGAAGUUCAUCGUUACUGCCACGGUCCUUGUCAUUGUGCUGCCUACUAUCGCAGCUCUGGUGAUAAUCAACCUUCUUGUUUGGCUCUGUAUCUGGAGGAGGAUGAGGAGACCACAAGCAGGAGCAACUCAACCAUAUUCUAGUCGUGAGAACAUGGAAAGCGUAGAAUCGAUGCUCAUCGACAUUUCUACGUUGAGAGCUGCGACCGGGGGUUUCGCAGAGAGCAACAAGCUUGGCCAAGGCGGAUUUGGUGCGGUGUACAAGGGUACUCUCCCAGAUGGCGAUGAAAUAGCGGUGAAAAGGCUCGCCAAGAGUUCGACGCAAGGAGUUGGAGAGCUGACGAAUGAACUCCUUUUGGUCGCAAAGCUCCAGCACAAGAAUCUCGUGAGGCUUAUUGGCGUCUGCUUAGAGCAGGAGGAGAGACUGCUCGUUUACGAGUUAGUCCCCAACCGGAGCCUAGAUAAGAUCCUGUUCGACACCGAGAAGCGCGGUCAACUUGAUUGGGGAAAGAGGUACAAGAUCAUAAGCGGAGUCGCACGAGGCCUGCAGUACCUCCACGAAGACUCGCAGCUCAAAGUAGUCCACCGCGACCUUAAGGCGAGCAACAUCUUGCUUGACACCAACAUGAACCCCAAGAUUUCCGACUUCGGCAUGGCGAGGCUCUUCGGGGGAGACCAGACGCAGGGCAUCACCAGCCGUGUCGUCGGAACAUAUGGUUACAUGGCACCGGAGUACGUGAUGCGCGGGAACUACUCGGUCAAGUCGGACGUGUUCAGCUUCGGGGUCAUGGUUCUGGAGAUGGUGACGGGAAAGAAGAGCAACGACUGCUACACCUCCCGGCUGUCUGAAGAUCUGCUGACGCUUGUGUGGGAGCGCUGGACGGCCGGGUCGGUAUCGGGGCUGAUAGACCCGUGCUUGGGCGACAGCUUCUCCCGGACCGACGCGCUGCGGUGCAUCCACAUCGGGCUGCUGUGCACCCAGGGAGACCCGGCGGCCCGGCCGGCGAUGUCGUCGGUGGUCACGAUGCUCGGCAGCGACACGGUGUCUCUCCAGGCCCCGCCCAAGCCGGUCUUCUACGCCAGGAGAAGCUCGGCCACGUCCUCCAGCAUAUCCACGGCGUCAGCUUAG